GUUAGAGUUAGAAGGUUAUGUAAAAUUGUUUGUCAUUUUUGUUUUCAUAAUAUCCAAAUAAUAAAUAUUACAAAGGUGAUAAUUAAAAUAUAUUUUCUAACAUGAGUUCGCAAUCAGUUUACGAAGCAGCCCAUAAAGGAGACUUUGAAUAUGUUCGAUCUAAAGUGGAAGAAGACCCUAAAUUGUUACUGACAACUGAUUCUAAUGCACGUAUGCUGAUACACUGGGCGGUCCUCAGUGGCAAUUUAAAACUUGUAACUUACUUAAUUGAACUUGGAUCGCCAGUAAAUUCCUUGGAUGACACGGACACAACACCUCUCAUUUUAGCAAGCUCUGCUGGACAUUCUGAAAUUGUUAAAUUAAUACUAGAAAAAGGCGAUAAUGUGAACCAUAAAUCCAUAAAUGGACAUUCGUCACUUCAGUAUGCUGCUUCCAAAGGAUGGACUGAGAUUUGUAGGUUAUUACUGGAAAAUGAUGCAGACAUCAACAUAACUGACACAAGAGGAAGCACGCCAUUACAUAGAGCUGCAUCGAAAGGAAAUAUUGAAAUAGUAAGGAUAUUCCUCAAUUAUAUCGAUAAGUUAAGAAUUAACCAGAAGGACGUCUACGGCAACACUCCUUUACAUUUAGCUUGUGAGGAAGAUCGACAAGAAGUCGCUGUGUUGCUAGUGGAAAAUAGAGCUGAUGUCGAAACGAAAAAUAGAGACAACCAGACACCGCUCGAUUUGUGCAGUCCUAAAUUAGCCAAGUUAAUUAAGAAUAAGUUGGAAAACAUUAAAUGAUCCUACAAUUUAUUUGUGCUUUGUAAUUUUUAAUAUAUUUAUUUCUAAUGUG